UUGGUGGGGGUUCACCCUGCUCUCCUUCACGUCCUCAUCGCGUCAGUCCCAUUCUGCUGCACCCCCGCUCGCUGCGGUCUCCCCGCACUGCUGCGCGUCGCGUCGCGUCCACGCGUGUGAAGCUUCGGCGUGGUGGCUGCGGGCUGAGCCAGAGAGCGUGCGCUCCUAGCGGCAGCGCCGUUCAAAGCCACAGGCGGAGACGGAGAGGAGAGGAGAGGAGAGGAGGAUGUUGAGCGGACUUGUAGUGUGACUGUACGUUCACGGCGUUUUAUCCCACGCUGAGCACAUGGGUCUUCUGGGAGCCGGUUCCCGUUGUAAUAAAACAACUUUCUGGGAAUCAGCGAGAGUGAGAGACUGGUUCUCAGUCAGAGUAUCGGCCGAGACAUGUGUUGAACUGUGGAGACGUCGCUGAAGAUUUGAAAGGUGCCAGAGACGCGUCUCGAGGAGCCGAGGACCUGCAGCGAAGUGCGUCCGUCCGUCCGUCCGUCCGUCCGUCGUUUUCCGCCCAGCGCCGCUGGAGACGCAGCGCGGGCGGUGGAUGAACUUAGGGGGAAGCGCCAGAGUUGGGUGUGAAGGUUCGGUGGACAUGAGCAGCCCGAGCAGCUCCGGGCGACGCGCUGGUGGAUGGGUCCUGUGUGAUGUCGGUCAGUGAGUAGGAGCUGGACACAACUUCCACACGCGCGGAUCGGACUCGGCUGCUGUUCGGACGGAGCGCGUUUCUGCUGUAGAUCCCAGGAUUGCGCGCCCGCCGUGGAUCUCUAAUAUGCUAGCAUGGCUCCGCUAGCGUGGAUCAUUGUUGCUGGAUUACUGUGUUUCCAAGUUGAUGGAUCCCGUCUGCGCCAGGAGGACUCCCCACCGCGGAUUGUGGAGCACCCGUCUGACCUGAUUGUAUCCAAAGGAGAGCCCGCCACUCUCAACUGCAAAGCAGAGGGGCGGCCGACGCCCACGGUGGAGUGGUACAAGGACGGGGAGCGGGUGGAGACGGACAAAGACGACCCUCGUUCCCACCGCAUGCUGCUGCCCACUGGCUCCCUCUUCUUCCUGCGCAUCGUCCACGGGCGGCGGAGCAAGCCAGAUGAGGGCGCCUACGUCUGCGUGGCCCGGAACUACCUGGGAGAGGCCGUGAGCCGCAAUGCGUCCCUGGAAGUAGCAUUGCUGCGAGAUGACUUCAGACAAAACCCGACAGAUGUGGUGGUGGCAGCAGGAGAGCCGGCGAUCCUCGAGUGUGUGCCUCCCCGAGGCCACCCUGAACCCACCAUCUUCUGGAAGAAGGACAAAGUGCGAAUAGAUGACAAAGAUGACAGGAUCACCAUCCGAGGAGGGAAGCUUAUGAUCUCUAACACAAGGAAGAGCGAUGCUGGCAUGUACAUCUGUGUGGGCACCAACAUGGUCGGCGAAAGGGACAGCGAGACGGCACAAGUCACAGUUUUUGAGCGCCCAACGUUCCUCCGGAGACCAAUCAACCAGGUGGUGCUUGAAGACGAGACAGUGGAGUUCCGCUGCCAGGUUCAAGGAGAUCCCCAACCCAAUGUGCGUUGGAGGAAAGAUGACGUUGAUGUUGCCCGUGGGAGGUACGAGAUCAAGUAUGACAAGGACGACUAUGUGCUGAGAGUGAAGAAGGCCUCCAUUAAUGACGAGGGCGUGUUCACGUGUGUGGCGGAGAACCGCGUGGGCAAACUGGAGGCGUCUGCCACUCUCACAGUGAGAGCUCGCCCCGUUGCUGCUCCCCAGUUCGUCAUCCGUCCAAGGGACCAAAUUGUGGCCCAAGGUCGCUUAGCCACCUUCCCAUGUGAAACCAAAGGAAACCCUCAGCCUGCCGUCUUCUGGCAGAAGGAGGGAAGUCAGAACUUGCUCUUUCCCAACCAACCCCAGCAGCCCAACAGUCGCUUCUCGGUGUCGCCCAGCGGAGACCUCACCAUCUCGUCGGUGCAGCGGGGAGAUGCUGGUUACUAUAUCUGCCAGGCGCUGACCGUUGCAGGCAGUAUCCUUGCCAAGGCUCAACUGGAGGUCACAGAUGUUCUCACUGACAGACCACCGCCCAUCAUUCGCCAAGGUCCGUCCAACCAGACGCUCGGCGUGGACAGUGUGGCCCUGUUGAAGUGCCAUGCAUCAGGAGACCCCAUCCCCUCCAUCAGCUGGUUGAAGGACGGUGUGAGUCUGCUGGGAAAGGACGCCCGCAUGUCCCUGCAGGAGCUGGGCAGCCUGCAGAUCAAAAACAUCAAGCUUUCAGACUCUGGGAUCUACACCUGUGUGGCUACCAGCUCCACUGGUGAAACGUCGUGGAGCGCUUUCCUGGAAGUCAAAGAGUCGGGUGCAGUGACAGUGCUAAAGAACCAUGAUGAGAAUGAGCUUCCAGGCCCACCGUCCAAACCUCAGGUCACUGAUGUCACCAAGAACAGCGUCUCCCUGUCCUGGCAGCCUGGAAUGGCUGGAGCCUCACCCGUCUCCUCCUUUGUCAUUGAAGCUUUCAGUCAAUCAGUGAGCAACAGCUGGCAAACGGUAGCAGAUCAUAUCAAGACCACCCAGUUUACUGUGAAGGGUCUUCGUCCCAACACUAUCUACCUUUUCAUGGUGCGAGCUGUCAACAGCCAGGGCCUGAGUGAUCCAAGUCCCAUGACUGAUCCUGUCAGAACCCAAGAUAUCAGUCCUCCAGCUCAGGGUGUCGACCACAGGCACGUACAAAAAGAGCUUGGUGAGGUCAUAGUUCGGUUGCACAACCCGGUCGUGAUGAGUCCCACAACUAUUCAGGUCACGUGGACGGUGGAUCGUCAGUCCCAGUUCAUUCAGGGCUACAGAGUUGUGUACAGGCAGACAUCAGGACUUCCCUCUCCAGGAGCCUGGCAGACCCAGGAUGUGAAGAUCCCCUCUGAGCGCAGCGUGGUCCUGUCUGCUCUCAAGAAGGGAAUUGUGUACGAGAUCAAGGUCCGGCCUUAUUUCAACGAGUUUCAAGGCAUGGACAGCGAGUCCAGGACAGCGAGGACGACUGAAGAAGCUCCCAGUGCCCCCCCUCAGCAGGUAACGGUCCUCACUGUGGGGAACCAGAACAGCACUUCCAUCAGCAUCUCCUGGGACCCCCCUCCACCCGACCACCAGAACGGCAUCAUCCAGGAGUACAAGAUCUGGUGUCUUGGGAAUGAGACGCGUUUCCAUGUAAAUAAGACUGUGGAUGCAGCCAUACGAUCUGUGGUGGUGGGCGGGCUGCAGGUGGGAGUCGUGUACCGGGUGGAGGUGGCCGCCAGCACAAGUGCAGGAGUUGGAGUCAAGAGUGAACCUCAAUCUAUUGUUAUUGGUAAGGAGUUUCGGGACGUGAUCAUACACGGAAACCGGAAUAACAGCAUCACAGAGCAGAUCACCGACGUGGUGAAGCAGCCUGCGUUCAUUGCCGGGAUCGGAGGCGCCUGCUGGGUCAUCCUCAUGGGCUUCAGCAUCUGGCUCUACUGGAGGAGAAAGAAGAGGAAGGGCCUGAGCAACUACGCAGUUCAGUCCUUCACCUUCACCCCUGCAGUGACAUUCCAGAGAGUCGACGGUGGUCUGAUGAGCAAUGGGAGCCGGCCAGGUCUCCUGAAUGCCAGUGACCCAGGCUACCCCUGGUUAGCCGACUCCUGGCCUGCAACCAGCCUGCCUGUCAACAGCAGCUCUGGGGGACCCAAUGACCUCAGUAACUUUGGCCGAGGAGAUCUUCCCACUGGGCAGGGGGAUAAGUCAGGCACCAUGCUCUCUGAUGGAGCCAUCUACAGCAGCAUAGACUUCACCACCAAAGCCAACUACAACAGCCCUGGCCAAACCUCGCAGGCCACCCCCUAUGCCACAACUCAAAUUCUGCACUCCAGCAGCAUCCACGAGCUGGCAGUGGACCUGCCAGAGGCCCAGUGGAAGGCCUCGCUGCAGGCCAAGCAGGAGAUGGCCAGUCUGGGCUACUCGCUGCCAGACAAGAACUCCUGCAACAACACACUCCUUUUCAUUCCCGACUACCGAUUGGCCGAAGGAUUGUCUAGUAGAAUACCACACAACCAAUCACAAGAUUUCAGCACCACCAGCUCUCACAACAGCUCAGAGCGAAGCGGCAGUCUCUCAGGUGGAAAGGGGGGAAAGAAGAAGAAGACUAAGGCUGGAUCCAAACCCACUAAAGCUAAUGGGUCCAACUGGGCCAAUGUCCCCCUGCCCCCUCCCCCUGUUCACCCUCUCCCCGGCACUGAGAUGGACCAUUACCCCAAUGAGCACCAUGAAGGAGGAGGGUAUGAGAGCGAUGGCUGGGGGCCGCCGAUGCCUGUGCAGACCUACCUUCACCAGGGCAUGGAGGAUGAGCUGGAGGAGGAGGAGGAGCGUGUUCCCACCCCUCCCAUACGAGGCGUCGCCUCGUCCCCGGCCGCUGUGUCGUUUGGGCAGCAGUCCACAGCCACACUCACCCCUUCUCCCCGAGACGAGAUGCAGCCCAUGCUCCAGGCCCAUUUGGACGAGCUGACCCGAGCGUACCAGCUGGACAUGGCUAAACAGACAUGGCACAUGCAGGGAGGCGCCCUUCCUCCGCAGGCUCCCGCGCCUCCAGUGGGCUACGUGUCCAGCACAAUGGUUUCUGACCUGGAAACUGACCUGCCUGAUGAGGAUGAGGAGGACGAGGAUGAGGAGGAAGAUGAGGGCUAUGGAGCGAGGCAUCCCCGGGGUCUAGAGCACACGCCGGGGUCGAGCAUGGACAACCUGGACAGCUCUUUAACAGGCUCCAUGGUGAACGGCUGGGGCUCAGCCUCGGAGGACGAGCGUAAUUUCUCCAGCCAUAGGUCCAGUUUGGGCAGCUCGUCCGACGGCUCCAUCUUUACACACUGCAGCUUUGCCCAGGCCCUGGUGGCGGCUGCAGACAAGGCCGGCUACCGCCUGGAGGGCACGAGCCUCAGCAAGAGAGCUAAAGGCUUGUCCCACAGACCCCGGCCCAGCAGUCCGUUCUCCACAGAUGGCAGCACAGUGGGCACACACAGCCUGGGCCACCAGAGGGCCACCAGACCCACACGCAAACCCCGGAGCCAGGGCACAGCACCCCACAGGAGAGACGCCGGUGCCGACGACCUACCUCCUCCCCCGGAGCCCCCUCCCUGUCAGGGCCAGGGCCGUGUCCAGGGGGCUCGUGGCAUCAACAGCAUGGCGCCACCGACAGAGAGGAAGGCCUCGUCCCUGGAGCGCCCGCCCAUGUCCGGACCGCUUUCUGGGCCCGACGACGUGAAGAGCUCCGUGGACAGACAGACACGCACUUCUCUGGAGCACCAUCGCCAGGCUCAAGACCGGUUGGGCUCCAUGGACCGAGCCGACGACGGACGACGGGGCCACAAGACGGAGGACGGGUGUCUGCCAUACAGUAAACCCACGUUCCCGUCCCCCGGCGGCCACAGCUCCUCCGGCACAGCCUCCUCCAAGGGCUCCACUGGGCCGCGCAAGGCCGAGGGUCCGCGACAGCCGCAGCAGUGGACCGCCACAGAGCACGCCGAGUUCCUGGGGGCCAACGGGCAACAGUACACGGGAGAGUUAUAGUGACCUGCCGCUGGUGUGAGCUGGACAAACCCCCGUCGUCCUCUGAAGAAUGACGCCCUCCACGUCGGAGUCGUGAACUUUGUCCUCACCUGCGCGCGCUCAGAGGGAAGUGCAGCCGAGGCCGCAGAGAAAGCAGUGUCACAGAACUGUAAAUGCGAUGUAUAGACACAGACAUACUGUACAUCUCACUAUGUUUUUUUUGUCCUCAAGAAAAUAUUUUCCACCUCCUACCUUACUGUACUUUUGUUUUUGUUAAAAAAAGGCAAGUAAAAAAAAAAGAAAACAUCUAUAAAAGAACAAAUUUUCUGGUAACGGCCCUUUUGUUUCCUGUAAAUAUAUUCUUUAACUUGUUGUUGCAUUGCUAUGCAAGCCGAAUUCAGUUCAAGCGUUUUAUUUCAUAUACAGAAACAGUUGGUUUUCUCUGGUAAUUUGUAUUAUAUGUGAAUUGAGUGGCUGUUGUGCCAUAAAAUAAUUGUUUUAUAAUCCAUUGUUUGUUAAUAGGUACCAUUAAUUAUUAUCAUCAUUAUUAUUAUUAUUAUUAUUAUUAAUUAUUGGUUUUGCACUGCAAUUUUUGGUGAUAAGCACAAAAACAUAGCUCCUGCUGACAUGAAGAACCGCAAGAAUAUGUGAAGAGGAGUUUCUGUACUGUAAAGUAAAGAGAAGAAAAUUAUAUAACUAAUGUACAGAGAGAUAUAAGAGUACGGCUUUGCUCACAGACACACAAGUACGGCGCCCGUUUCCAUGUGUGGGACCGGGCGGCAGACGCACCAGGCUCCUGAGGGUCCGAGGGCAGACGUGAGGCUGGGGACGGUACACGCAUCCAUUCUGUACUUUAUGUCCCACAAUAAUAGUUUGAUCACAAUGAUUUUGGCAGCUCCAGGCGUUGUCUUGCUUUAAAAAGACACAGGAGGGUAUUUUUUUAUGAUCCCAGCAUCAAAGUUGACUUAUUUUUUAUUGAUUUACUGCCUCGAUAAUUUUACAGCUCUGAGUUUACGCUCCUCGUUCAGCACAACACGCCAACAAAAACACAGUGGGAAAAGAUGAGGAGUCUGUGAAAUCAGUCGUGUGGUUCAGUCACAGCACUUACAAAGACCCAUGAUUCCUCCGUAGCCUUAAAGAUGAGCAGACAUCACGGUGGAGGAGUAUUUAUUGCUAUUAGAGGCGUUUUUACUCCUAAAUUAUCUUUAAAAUUCAGGGGAGCAACAUAAUUUGUUUACAUCUCGUAUGUUUUAUUUUCCAUUCGAGUUUAUUCUUGUUUGCUUUUAAGAGCACUUAUUGCUUUAUGUUUGUGGUACGGUACCAUCCAGGAUGGAUCCAGCUGAGUGCUGUUCAAUGAAAGGAUCUAUUAAAGCAGCUGUCGUUCCACAGGCCGGCGCCUCAGUUACCAAAGUCCUGCGUGAGAAGCGGAUGAGCUCCAGCAUCGAGGGCUAACGGAGAGCGGCCUUGUAGAUGAACUAGCAGGUUGCACUGCCUCCAUGUCUAUAGCCACAGUGUGGAGCAGAACACUUUCUAUCUGCCUGUCUGCCACAAAACACACACGCAUCCUCUGCAGUUUUGUGACUUCUCAGCCUCUGAUUCUCAAUUUGUGUCCUUUCAGACAAUGUUUUUCUUAGUUGUCCUUUUUUAAUGAAAAGCUUGUUUCUUCGUAUGCCUUUUAUGGACUCCAAACGCUGCUUACAACAAUGUUUUCAAUAUUAAUGUUCAGGAUUUCUGUGGUUCAAUGACUGUUUGUUUUGUCUUUUUUUGUACCGCUGAUAUUGAUACCCGGGGGGUGGAAACUAAAGGCCAUCAGAUGCUGUUGUACUGUUGUUGUCAUGCCAUUGUCAUUUUAAUAUCACCCACCCAGUGGCCAGUGUUCUGGAAAUGAGGUGCAAAGAGUAUCUCAGGUUAUUUUACAUUCUGGUGGUGUUUAUGUAUGUGUAUAUAUGUGUAUAUACCCAUAUGCAUCUCCACUUGACUACGCCAUUCCGUUCUCAUUGACGAAAACAUCCCUCUCAUGUCCGGUUCUGUCGUUUCCCUCUUUUCUUUUCCACUGUGGGGAUUAAUUCUGUGCUGGUUCAACCACCUUAAGACAAGAUGUCACUAAAAGAACAUACCAAAUUAAGAUUGAUAUUUCUAAUGUCUAAUGCGUUUUCGUGUCUCUUUACCACCCAUUGUUUCCUUUAAAUCACGGUGUCGUUUUGUAUUUAUUAAAAUGAUAAUAAAAGUAUAUUGUGAAAUAUGCAUAAAGAUUUGUGGGAUAUAAAAUGUGUUUUUUCUGGGUUUUUUUCCUUGUAAAGUUCGCUGUGGAGUCGAGCAGCGAGGCCAUAAGGAGAUGAUGAAGCCGGGUCGGUCUUCGUCGUGCAUGUUCACCGCUCUGCUCCUCUCAUGUCAAAAGUAAAACUCCAGAACCUCUGGACACAAGCAGCAGGAACGCUCACGACUUGUUGAGACUACAGACAAAAUGUCUUUCUGGAAGGUUGGACGUGCGCUCCCUUUCCCUCCUUUCUUCAUUUUCUCAGUAUCGUUGCUUCUUCUAUGUGUGUUGCCUUUUUGCUAUAAAAGAGGAUUGAAACGAUAAAAACUUCUUUCUGUACAGCAGGAGGUGAAGUGACACCCCGAUCUCAUGCCAUUUCUCCAGUACAUUUUACUUUUUUUUUUUGUAACCCACUUUCUGUAUUCACUUGCAUGUCCUUGUCCAAGAAGAGAGUGGAUGGAGAAAAUAAGCUUUUACAGUCUCAUUCCCAUGUCCUGUAAGAUAAACCAUGUUAUUUUAUUUCCUUGUACCUGGAUCAAUAUCAAAUAAAAUAUUUUUGAAAAACGAAA